AACAAACGUUUUGCGAAAACGUCAAAAGUCCACCAAAUAAUGUAAACAUGGCCUCGCAACGCAGUCACGGUGUAGAAAGAGUUUUAUCAAAAUUGGAGUCAUCAAUAAAUUCCGGAAACUAUUAUGAAGCUCAUCAAAUGUAUAGAACAUUAUAUUUCAGAUACUUGGGGCAAAGAAAGUACACCGAGUUAUUGAAAUUACUUUAUAAAGGAUGCGUAUUGCUCACACAACACAAUCAGUUCACAAGUGGAGCUGAUUUGGGAAUUUUGUAUAUUGAUGUAUUAACAAAGGCAGUGCCGAAUCCUUCGGAAUGUUAUUUUAAGGAAAUUGUAUAUUUACUUAGUGUAAUGAGUCCAUCGACACCGGAGAGAGAAACCUUUAUUCACGAGGCUCUUCGAUGGAGUGUAAAGGGCACGAAUUACAAAACAGGACAUCCUGAUUUACAUCAAAAGAUAGCUGGAGUAUUUUGGAAUGAAAAAAACUACUCGAUGGCUAGGCAACACUUUUUAUACAGUAAAGACGGUUCUGGAUAUGCCUCAAUGUUAGUGGAACUUCAUUUGGAAAAGGGUUAUUUUAGAGAGAUUGAUCUCUUUAUAGCCCAAGCAGUUUUACAAUAUCUUUGUCUGGCAAACAAAGCGACAGCGCAGGAAGUUUUCGUUUUUUAUACUUUACGGCAUCCUCGAAUAGAAGGACCUCCGUAUAUAUACCCUUUGCUGAACUUUUUAUAUUUUCUACUAAAAACAAUUGACUCAGGAAAAGUAGCAGUUUUUACAAUUCUCUGCAAACAAUAUCGAAUAAGUAUAAAUAGAGAUCCAAGUUACGAGCAAUAUUUGGAUAAAAUAGGACAACUCUUUUUCAAUGUUGCACCGGCACGACCACGAAAUCAUGGAAUUUUUGGUUCUCUAUUACAAUCAUUCUUUGAUGGACUUGGCGAUGAGGAGUUUAAUGUUGAAGAACAGAAUGCAGCCUCUACCUCUCAAGCUGGCCAGGAAUUAGACUGAUUAACAGCGUGCCACAUGUGCGCUGCUUAAUGUAAGUGAGUUGAACAUUAAAAAAAAAAGAAAAAAAAAUGAAAUGAAAUGUACCUUUUUACGCCCCAGAUACUUUCAACAAGUGCACUUAAAAGAUGAAAAAAAGCACGAAACAGCUAAAUAAUUGUUUUAGAUGCUGGAACUAUCUUAAGAACGAUUAUCAUUUUUAUAAGAAAAAAAACGUCAGUGUGCAAGGAAAAAAAAACAGUAAAAAUGUGAAUGUACCUGGGGCAAUAGUAAUCGCGAAAAGAAAAUUUUUUAAUAAAUCGCAUAAUUCAACUUUUAGUGGAACGUGUCUAUUUUUUUAAAAAUUUGUUCCAAAAUUUACGCUGAGAAGAAUUUUCAAUAAUAGAAUUUUUAUUGAAUAAAAAUUUCAAUUUGAAAACAGAAAUUUUUUUCCAAACUUUUAUUCAAUAAUUCUACUAUAGAUAAAAAUUUACUUAAAAUUUGGACUAAUUUUUAAAAAUUGAAUGCGUUCCUUUUUAGCUAGUUUCUGUAAGUUACAUUGACGUCCCCCGCAUUUUUUUUUAAACUUUCCAAUUUUAUUCGUUAUCUAUUGUCAAGAUAACAUUUUUUUUCUAUUUUUACCCCCAAAACAUAGUUCUAUAAAUUGAAAUUUUAUUAUCCGCCUCGCAUAAAUCAAAUAUUUUAAAUAGUGAUGCCAAAGAAUUUGUUUGAGAAUCGAAAAUAAGAUUUUCAUUUUUUUUCUUUUUACCUAAAUAACAAAGGAAUUUACGAAAAGUUAUCUUCCGAUUGAGAAAUUCUUUGCUUUCAAUACACGAUAGUAAUCAAGAAACUUCCUCGAAAAAAAAGAAAAUAAAAUAAACGUCCUAUUUCUUUAUGUGCAAAACUUUUUUUUUUUAAGAAAAAAGUUAUUUCAUCAAUUACAUGUGUAAUAUAAUAUAUAAAUUUAUACAAUUACCGAAUUGCACGUACGAUCUUUUUUACAUGAGCCUUGAGGCAAAUUCAAGAAUGCAACUUACAAAACAACGUUAAAAAAAUUAGUAAAUAUUGAAAUAUUUCAAUGUGUGCAUAAAAAGCAAUUUUUGCGCUAAUUAUGAAUUUUAGGCGCGCAUCAAUUUUAAAAAUAGUUCCACCUUGUAUAAAUUUUUCUUUUUUGUUUGAAAGACUCUCUCUCUCUCACAUCAGAAAUUUACAUAACUAAUAUAACAUUAGAAUGAGAGAAAAGAAUCGUUAUUUUACAUAAGCUGAAUUGUAACAAAUAAACAUUAAAGCAGCUUUUAUGUAAAGUACAAUCACAACUUUUGCUAAUUAAUUAAUUAUCGAAUUCUUAAUAUUUGUAAUAUUUUAAUGACCGAUAGAAAACGACGUAUUUAUUAACUGCCACUGACUUGAAUUAUUAAUCAUAAGCAAAGAAUAGAAAAUUUGUGGCCAUUAUUUAUGUUUUUAAAUUUUUGCAAUAACGUGAGUGAUUAAUACUGGAUUAUUAUUAAAGAAAAAAGAAUAUUUUAUUUUAGAAACAAUAAAUUCUCUUUAUUAUUAUGAAUUACAAGUUUUUUUUAGUUUUUUUUCUUUUUUGAAAAAGCAAUUUUAUGUGGAAAAAUAAAUGGGUUAUAAUUGUGUUGAUUUUAAAAAGAAAUCUAUCUUGAAAUAAAUGCAAUGUAUUUUUUAGUUUAUAAUAAAAGUGAAAUGAUCUCGUAUGAAUUGAAA